CCACAAACAAGCUCCUCCUAGCCACAUCACAAGGUCUGAAUUCUACUUACUAUAUCUCUAGUAUUUUAUUCCAUCUCAUAACUGAAGCUCUAAACCAUUCUCCACUAUGGUACUUUCUUCCUGCUCUUUAACAUGGACUUCACCAUUCUUAUCUCAUAAGCUAAACUUGCCACAUUCAAAUCAUUUGCUUCGGGAUACUGCAACUUCAUCAUCUAACAAUGUCUCAUGUGCAAUGGAAACAACUUCCAGUACAGAAAGACACUGUCAGAGAAGACUGCUACUGUUUGGUAUAGGAGCAUUAACAGCAAAUUUGCAACCAACAAAUUUACUCUUUGCUGAAGAAAUACCAGACAGAUAUCGAGCUUUUGUGGACUAUUCGGACGGGUAUUCUUAUGUUUAUCCUUCAGAUUGGAAGGAAUUUGACUUCAGGGCUCAUGAUUCUGCAUUCAAAGACAGAUAUUUACAGUUACAAAAUGUAAGGGUGAGAUUCCUACCAACUGAGAAGACAGAUAUCCGAGAUUUGGGUCCAAAGGAAGAGGUUCUAUCUGAUUUGGUGAAACAUAGAUAUGCUGCACCAAACCAAAGACCAACAAUAUAUGACAUGCAGGAGCGGGAAAUAGACGGAAAACAUUACUAUACAAUUGAAUAUGUACUUACAUCAGCAAAUUACUCUAGUGCCUCCUUUGCAACAAUUGCCAUAGGAAAUGGAAGGUUCUACACAUUAAUUGUGGGAGCCAAUGAAAGGCGAUGGAAAAGAGUACGGAAUCAGCUUAAAGUGGUUGCAGACUCCUUUAGGCUCAUUGACAUUUGAAUGUUACAAGAUCAUGCAAGAAAUGUUCCAGUUUGCCCACUACAUUUAAAGAUUGAAAUAAAUAUAAAUUUUUGCGUGAAUGAUAUCAUCUAUGUCAUACAAAUAGAAGAAAAAAAUUCUUUCGGAUUCUGUAGUGCAUACAAAGAUCGUCCACAUUGACACAUACAUGCAUGUGCAUAUAAUAAACUUUAACAAUCAAUGAGAAAUUCAGAAGGUUGCCUA